AUGUCGGUGCAGGAAUACCUAGACAAGCACAUGCUCUCUCGUAAAAUCGAGGACGCCGUCAAUGCCGCCGUCAGGGCCAAAACUUCCGAUCCCGUUCUCUUCAUAUCAAAUCACAUGAGAAAAGCGGUUCCGUCAGUGAUAACGAAGAUAAAUGGGAGGCAGAUCCUGGAUAGCAGAGGGAUUCCUACUGUUGAAGUUGACUUAUUCACCAACAAAGGCAGCUUCCGUGCUUCUGUUCCUAGCGGUUAUGUUACUGGCGGUUAUGUUACUGGCAUGUAUGAAGCUGUUGAACUGCGAGAUGGGGCCAAAGGAACAUAUCUCGGAAACGGUGUGACUAGAGCUGUUAGGAACAUUAAUGAGAAGAUAUCUGAAGCAUUGAUUGGUAUGGACCCGACACUUCAGUCUCAAAUCGAUCAGGCCAUGAUUGACUUGGACAAAACAGAAAAGAGGGGCGAACUUGGAGCAAAUGCUAUGCUAGCUGUGUCAAUCGCUGCAUGCAAAGCUGGAGCCGCUGAAAAGGAGGUUCCACUUUACAAACACAUUUCCGAUCUUUCCGGCAAAACCAACUUGACUCUUCCUGUCCCUGCUUUCACCGUCAUAAGUGGUGGAAAACAUGCUGGGAACAAUCUAGCCAUUCAGUUUUUGAACAGUGUUCAAGAAGGCUUGGAUCUUGUUCGAGUGGCUAUCAGCAGAACAGGGUACAGCGAGAGAAUAAAGAUGGCCAUUGAUGUUGCUGCUACCACCUUUUGCAUGGGUACCAAGUAUGAUUUGGACUACAAAUCCCAAAAUAAGUCUGGGCAGAAUUUCAAGUCAGGAGAGGAUAUGAUUAAGAUGUACGAAGAACUAUGUGCUGGGUAUUUUUCUUGGACUUCAGAGUACCCAAUUGUCUCAAUCGAAGAUCCAUUUGAUAAGGAGGAUUGGGAACAUAUCAAGUAUUUCUCUGACCUUAGACUUUGUCAGGUUGUAGGGGAUGGCUUGUUGAUGUCGAAUCCCAAACGUAUUGAGAGAGCAAUAAAUGAGUCCAGUUGCAAUGCUCUUCUACUCAAGGUAAAUCAGAUUGGGACAGUUACAGAAACCCUCGACGUAGUGAAGCAGGCAAAAGAUGCCCGCUGGGGUGUGGUGGCAUCUCAUAGAAGUGGGGAAACUGAAGACUCUUUUAUAGCUGAUUUAUCUGUUGGCCUUGCCAUGGGUCAGAUCAAAACAGGUGCUCCUUGCAGGGGAGAGCGACUAGCAAAAUACAACCAGCUGCUUCGGAUUGAGGAAGAACUGGGUGAUCAAGCAGUUUAUGCAGGAGAAGAUUGGAGGCCAACCUGA